AUGGGAACGGUCAAAGACAAGUUCGAAGGGACCUCGAAAUCAGCAUGGACUUAUAGCAAGCCAUAUACUACAAGGAUUGACUCAUUGAAGAUGCCAAUAGGCUACCAGCCUCCAAAGUUUCAACAAUUUGAUGGCAAAGGCAAUCCAAAGCAACAUGUGGCUCACUUUAUGGAGACAUGCAAUGAUGCGGGAACAUAUGGAGAUUACUUGGUGAAGCAAUUUGUUCGUUCCUUGAAAGACAAUGCAUUUGAUUGGUAUGUCAACUUGGAACCAAAUUCCAUCGAUAGUUGGGGGCAAAUGCAAAAGGAGUUCCUCAAUCGCUUCUACAGCACUCGAAGAACAGUGAGCAUAGUUGAGCUUACAAACGCAAAACAAUGGAAAGAAGAGUCAGUCAUCGACUACAUCAACCGAUGGAGGGACUUGAGCUUAAAUUGUAAAGAUCGACUAUCUGAAGCUUCAGCAAUCGAGAUGUGCAUUCAAGGCAUGCAUUGGAGCCUUCAAUACAUCUUAAAAGGAAUUCGACCAAAUACGUUUGAAGAGUUGACUACUAGAGCUCAUGACAUGGAGUUAAGCAUGAUCGCAAAUAAAGUUGAUGAUCUACACAUGCAAAUGGCAGACGACUUUCAAGAAGACGAAGAAGCAAGUCAUGGGGGCAAAUCUCUUGAAGAAAUCCCAAGUGAAGAUGAUGAAGAAAUCCCAAGUGAAGAUGACGAAGAAACUUCAAAUGUGACCACAAACCAAUCUUCAAGUUGA